CCCCGCCGCGUGGAUCCCUGGCUACCCGGGGCUCCGUCCACAGAGCCCGGGGCGAGGCGUGACCCCGUCGCUCGCGGGGGCGACGGGGGGGCGGAGACGCGGGCCCCCGUGACUCGCCCACCGGGAUGUGAUCCAGGAGGACUCUGCGGCCCCCGCCCCGCGGGUCCUGACUUUUUGGACUUUCCCGGUGGAGAGAGGAGGAGGAGGGAAGAAAGGAUGCGGCACCGGCUAAGGGAUCAGUCCUGCCCGGGCCGCUUACUGCCUGUUUGACUUAAGGCAAAUUGCCGCUGCCCCUCGGUGUCCGCGGGGGACCUCUAAACCCGCGGGUGCUCGAGUCCCACAGCCGACCCUGCAUCCGCGGACCCGGCACCCGCGGAUCCACCAACCCCCAUGGUGUGUGAGAGCCCUCCUACCUUCGGCUUCCUGUUGGACAUCGAUGGGGUGCUGGUUCGGGGCCACCAGGUCAUCCCCGCGGCGAGGGAGGCCUUCCGCAGGCUCGUGGACCCCCAGGGGCAGCUGCGGGUGCCCGUGGUCUUUGUCACGAACGCGGGGAACAUCUUACAGUGCAGCAAAGCCCAGGAGCUGUCAGCCCUGCUGGGCUUCCAGGUGGAGCCCGACCAGGUGAUACUGUCCCACAGCCCCAUGAAGCUCUUCUCACAGCAUCACGACAAGCGGAUGCUGGUGUCUGGGCAGGGGCCCCUGGUGGAAAAUGCCCGAGCAUUGGGCUUCAAGCACGUGGUCACAGUGGACGAGCUGCGGGCGGCCUUCCCUGUGCUGGACAUGGUGGAUCUGCAGCGGCGGCCCAAGACCACGCCCCUCCCAAGGAACGACUUCCCUGCGAUCGAAGGGGUGCUCCUCCUUGGGGAGCCCGUGCGCUGGGAGACGAGCCUGCAGCUGAUCAUGGACAUCCUCCUCAGCGAUGGGAACCCCGGCACCGGUCUGGCGACGGCCCCCUAUCCCCACCUCCCUGUCCUGGCCAGCAACACAGACCUCCUCUGGAUGGCUGAAGCCAAGAUGCCCAGGUUCGGCCACGGCACCUUCCUGUUGUGCCUGGAGGCCGUUUACCGGAAGGUGACCGGCAGAGAGCUGUGCUACACGGGCCUGAUGGGCAAACCCAGCCUCCUGACCUACCAGUACGCGGAGGGCCUGCUCGCCAGGCAGGCGGCGCGGCGGGGCUGGGCGGCCCCCAUCCGGAGCCUCUACGCCGUGGGUGACAACCCCAUGUCCGACAUCUAUGGGGCCAACCUGUUCCACCAGCACCUGCAGACGAGGCGGGAGGGGGCGGCCCGGAGCUGCGCCGCCAUCCUGGUGUGCACCGGCGUGUACAGCCCCCGGGCCCCCGGCCCCGCCGCUACCGCCCCCGGUGGCGAGGGGCCUCCGUUCCACGGGCACCGGGACCUUGGCUUCAGCCCGGGGCUCCUGCAGGCGGCCCACGUGGUGAGCGACGUGCUCGAGGCCGUGCAGCUGGUCCUCGGCAAGGAGGGCUGGGCUCUGUAGCAGGGAGGGAGGUGGGCCCGCUGGCCGCCCCCUGUGCCCCGCCUCCCCGCCAGCGCGGUGACACUCUCGCUCCUCCUGGGCGGGGCCGCACGAUUGUUCCCAGGGUAGCAUUUGGGUAGCAGCCUCAGAUUUUUCUAGGCUGGUUCCUGUCUGCCUGUGCUGGCAGCCUGACCCCAGGCUCGUCCUCACUCUGGGGGUCUUCUGCAGAAGAGGAGGCGGCGCCCGCCUCUGCCCGCUGCCAGCACGGGCUGUAACUCACUCUCAGACACUACUUUUUAUGGUAGUUUAGCUUAUUGCCCAGAGACUUUGGACUUAUUUUUUUAAGUUAAAAUAAUUGUAAUAAAUACUCAUUUUGCUGUC